AUGCUGGCGGUGAUGGUGAAGCGCCCUUUCUUGUGUGCCCCGUUUUUUUUUGCGCUCUGCUGCUGCUUUCCUAAUUCCGUGUGUGCGGCUUCUGCCACAGCCAAUAAUGUCACUGAGAAUGUCAGUUCUAUGGCGCCACCGGCUGAUAUGAGGGGGGCGUUGAGAGAGGUGUUGGGAGCCAUGCAGAAGGCGCAGGAGUAUGCUGAUGAGGCUAACCGGCACUGCGUGCAAGCAGGAAUGAGCGCUAAGAAUGCGCGGGAGCAUGAAGAGGGGGCUAAGAAUGCUUUGAGGAAGCUCGGCUCUGAGGCUACAAGGAUGAGCAGGGCGCUGCAGCAAGCGGAGGAGGCUGUGAAAUUGGCCGAUGCUGCCGUGGCCGAAUGCAAGGCGGCAGAGGAGGCUGCACAGGCGGCGGGGAUAAUGACGCUUGAUGCCGUUGGGGAGGUGCUGAAGCAUGUGAAGGACGAGAAGACCAAGGUUGGAAGUGGACCGGAGCUGUUGAAGAGGGCGGCGGAGCAGACUGUGCUUUCUCUGGAGAAGGCAAAGGAGGCGGAGGCGGAGACUGAGAAGGCGGCAGCGGCGGCGCAGAAAACCCGGGAAGCAGCAGAGAAGGCAGCAGCGGCGCGGACCUUGGCACAAGAUGUUGCCGCAACGGCCAUUGCGCUGCUGCGGCAGCGGGAGAAGGAGGAGGAGAGGCGAAGAGCGAGGGACCGGGAGGAGGCGUACGUUGGAAAUGAACGCGCCGAGAAUGCCAUGAGGGGUGCGUGGCUGGGCUGGGUGGAGUGUUGUGUUGCAGUUCUUGUCAAUGAAGGAGCUUUAAGGUGGCAAUGGCGUUUUUUUUUAUAUACUUUAAGAUAG